AUAAAUUAAAAAAUUCAAAUCAUGUGAGGACUUUUUAUUUGAGAGUAAAAUUUCUACAUUUUUUUCUUUUCGAAAAUUCAAAAUUCUAAAUGGAAAAGCAAAUCUGGGCGGCUUUAUGUUUUUUCAUCUGGAUACUUUUAACAGCCAAAUUCUUGAAGGCUGACGAGGGCAAAAUAAUAGGAGGCAAAGUUGUUCAGGCGGGCGAAUUUCCUUAUCAGCUUUGCAUGUGGGGCGAUGUCAGAUGCGGGGGUGCACUGGUAACACUGAGGCAAUUUAUGACCGCAGCCCAUUGUCUUGUUAAGAAAUACAAGGACUCGACGAAACAUACUGACCUUACCACGCACUUCAUGGUAGCCGGUGUGGUGGACUGUACCAAAACUGAUGACCCUUUUUACCAAAAGAGAAAUAUCAAAGAUUACAAAAUGCACAAAGAAUACAGGAAAAAAAAAGAUAUGACUUCCUAUCACGAUUUCGCUGUUGGGAUUUUGGAGAAACCGUUUACCGAGAGCGAAAGAGUCAAGGUAGGCGUUUUGCCGUCGACCGACCCGGCUAAGUUCCGCCAACUCUGGCUAGAUUUUCUUGGAAGCGGAAAAACAUGCAGUGUCAUGGGGUUUGGAACAAAUACGGAGCCCCUUGUCAAAGAUUAUACUAAUAUACUAAAAGUAUCAAUGAUGAGACCGAAAAAUGACAAAUAUUGUAAAGGUACCCUCGUCUACGAUUCGGACACGAUGCUGGACGGUGAAAUUUGCUGUGUUCCGGUGGAUGCCUCAGCGGAGAGUAUGGGUGUAGGCGAUGCCGGCUCGGCUAUAAUCUGCGAUGGCUUGCUCUACGGGGUGAACACAGGUGGAUAUUUCCAGCCAGGGUAUAAUCUCCAGCUCUUCACACUCGCUUAUCCUUACCUAGACCUAUUCGAAAAAGAAAGCUCUCCUGGGUUUGGGUACGUCUUUCGCAGCUAUCCCAUGGCCGUCAUCUCGGGGAUAUUCAUCGUACUUGUAGUUCAUACUUUACAGCGUUGAGAAAUAAACUUUUUU